CAGACACUCCCACAGGCACUGCAUGAACAGAGGACAUAACAGUUGGACCAGCUCGGUCCUUUACCCACAAGUCUUUAUCAAAACAAGAUGAUAAAGUUACUUUUGUUGCUUCUCUUCUGUCAUGUUUCAUCUUCAGCAAAGCACUCUAUGAAGGUUUUCUUCACUGCAUCCUCUGGAGUCCCAGAGUCCCACAACUUCCCAGAGGUUGUGGCUGUUAUGCUGAUUGAUGAUGUUCAGGCGGGUUACUGUGACAGCAGAAUCAAGACAGCAUUAGCCAAACAGGACUGGAUGGAAAAAUUAAAAGAAGAGGAUCCACAGUACUGGCAGUUGUACACACAGGAGUGUAGGGUGUACCAGCAAGUCUUUAAAGAAGAAUUCCACAUUUUGAAGCAGCGCUUAAACCAAACUGGAAGUGUCCACAUUCUACAGAAAAUGCAUGGUUGUGAAUGGGAUGAUGAGACUGAAAGGGUUCAUGGGUAUCAACAGUAUGGUUAUGAUGGAGCAGACUUCCUAACAUUUGACUUAAACACAGAGUCAUGGGUGGCUUCAAAACCACAAGCUGUCAUCACCAAACACUUCUGGGACAGACAGAGAGCCAGAAAUGAGCUUUGGAAGAAUUACCUCACCCAGUUUUGUCCUGAAUGGCUGAGGAAGCAUCUGAACUUUGGGAGGAGCGUCCUGCUGAGAACAGACCUUCCCUCAGUGUCUCUCCUCCAGAAGUCUCCCUCCUCUCCAGUCAGCUGCCACGCUACAGGUUUCUACCCAUAUAGCGCCAUGAUGUUCUGGAGGAAAGAUGGAGAGGAGAUUCAUGAGGACGUGGACCACGGAGAGAUCCUCCCCAAUCAUGAUGGAACCUUCCAGAUGAGUGUUGACCUGAACCUUUCAUCAGUCCCACCUGAAGACUGGAGGAGGUACGACUGUGUGUUUCAUCUCUCUGGUGUGAAGGAUGACAUCAUCACCAAACUGGACAAAGCAGUGAUCAGGACCAACUGGGAGAGGCCUGGAAACGUGACCGUCCUCAUCACUGCUGCAGUGGCUGUUCUUGCUCUCGUCUUCAUCACUGCCAUUGCAUUCAUUGUUUACAAAAGGAAGACAGCCAAAAGUCCCCCACCUCCUCCUGACAACAACUACGAGCUCUGUCUGAGACUGAAUCCAGACACCUGAUUGUGAAAAACAAAGUGAACACUUUGAUAUGUGUCAUAUUAUAAAGCUUCACAGAACUAAAAGAGACUGAAAGAAAGCUUCCUGCUGUAAAAGUGAAGAAGUACACUUUAUGUGUUUGAUAUUUAAAUGUAAUCGUUUUAUUUCACAUUGUAAAUGUAUG